AAGUGCCCGCCCCGGCCCCGCCUCCGCCCCCUGCCUUGAGUGAGCUGGGUGUUUCCUGCCUUUCAGUCCGGAUUUGGAGACUCCGGCGUCCUCCGACUUUUCAUGGAAGAGAUGUCAGGAGAAAGCGUGGUGAGCUCAGCGGUGCCAGCGGCUGCGACACGCACCACUUCCUUCAAAGGCGCCAGCCCCAGCUCCAAGUACGUGAAGCUGAAUGUCGGGGGCGCCCUCUACUACACCACCAUGCAAACGCUCACCAAGCAGGACACCAUGCUGAAGGCCAUGUUCAGUGGGCGCAUGGAGGUUCUCACCGACAGUGAAGGCUGGAUCCUCAUUGACCGCUGUGGGAAGCACUUCGGGACAAUACUCAACUAUCUUCGAGACGGUUCUGUGCCCUUGCCUGAGAGUCGCCGGGAGAUCGAGGAGCUACUGGCGGAGGCCAAGUACUACCUGGUGCAGGGCCUGCUAGAAGAGUGCCAGGCGGCCCUACAACAGAACAAAGAUACUUACGAACCCUUCUGCAAGGUUCCUGUCAUCACCUCCUCCAAGGAAGAACAGAGACUUAUAGCGACUUCAAAUAAGCCGGCCGUGAAGCUGCUUUACAACAGAAGUAACAACAAAUACUCCUACACCAGCAACUCUGACGACAAUAUGUUGAAGAACAUUGAGCUCUUUGAUAAACUUUCCCUGCGCUUCAAUGGGAGAGUCCUAUUCAUAAAGGACGUCAUCGGGGAUGAAAUCUGCUGCUGGUCCUUUUACGGCCAGGGCCGAAAAAUUGCGGAAGUCUGUUGCACAUCCAUCGUCUAUGCCACCGAGAAGAAGCAGACCAAGGUUGAGUUUCCCGAAGCUCGCAUUUAUGAGGAGACCCUGAACAUUUUGCUGUAUGAGGCCCAGGAUGGCCGAGGACCUGACAAUGCACUCCUGGAGGCCACAGGCGGGGCGGCUGGACGCUCCCAUCACCUGGAUGAGGACGAGGAGCGGGAACGGGAGAGGAUCGAGCGAGUGCGGAGGAUCCACAUCAAGCGCCCAGAUGACCGGGCUCACCUCCACCAGUGAGCAGGACCGCCAGAGCUCCACCCCCUCUACCCCGCCCCCUCAGACCCUGUGCACAAGACCGGGCCCACCUCCACCAGUGAGCAGGCCAGCCAGAGCUGCCCUCCACCCUCUCUGCCCCUGCCCCCUCAGACCCUGUGCAGGCUUUAGGGUGCCUCCCACUUCCCCUGAGGUCUGGAGACACUUGUAACAAGCCAGAUGAUUUUGAUAUUUCUCGACGUGGUGGAUUGCUUCUGUGUUGACCCAGGUGUGCACCCCUUCUGAACAAGCUUGUCUGAGGGCUUGACUUCUUUUGAGAGCCCAGACCCGGGCUUUCUCGGCUCUUGGAGGAAAAGUAUGAGUGAGUUUGGCAUGUAUGCAAGAGCCUUUGUGGUAUUUAUUUUUAUGGGUGUUGACUACCUAUUAGGGCUUCUUAAGUGACACUCCUUCAAGGGCUCAUUUGACAGUUCUGAGAGGCUGUGUGGUUGGCAACCUGACAACCAAACUGCCCUGUGUGUUCUGACCAUGCUGGGAGUGUGUUCUGUACACGAGUUUCUCAUUGGCCAAUAGUUUCAGCCUGUAGUAGUGGACUGGGGACCUCGUGUUUUGCCAGCCCCACUGUCUGGCAAGGAGCAGACUGCUGUCAUCCAUGUCCUUCCCGUUGCUGGGUUUGUUGACACACCCCAUCCCAGGUCAUCUGAACACUUGCAGCCACUGCUCCAGACCGCCGCCGCCUUAAGGGUCUGCUCCCUGCGAGGCCUCCUUUCCUCAAGUAGGUGCCUUGCCCUUGGUUAGGAACUGUGUAGCCCUAGACUUGAACACCGCUAGGAGCUGGUAGGCUGUCUCCGGGCACUUCCCUGCGUAUCUCCUAGAGCUCCCUUCAGUUUUUAUCUCUCUACAGAAUGCAGUGGGUGUGCAGGUACCUUUCAGUCCCGUUUGUGUUGAAGAAUGUGUGUGACUGCUGGUGGGGAUGUGUGGCUGUGGGGCACAGGAGCCUGUGGAGGACGUGCCAGCUACCUCUAGUCCCCAUGCGCCUGUGCAGAUGUCCCGACUGACGCGGGUGGGUGAGUACACUAGUUACAAGGUAAGGCAAGGAUGCUUGAUGAAGGAAUUGUUACGACUUUUUAGACCAAAGGUAUGAAGUGGAUAAUCUCUGACGUGUUUCUCAAGUUUCUAUUUUGUGACGGUUUUUACAGCUCAUUUUGUGCGUUGACAGUCGUAUACCUUUUGUAUCUGGCAGCAACGCCAACAAUAAACAAUCCCGACUGGAUCGAGGAACCGUGUACCAGGUAGAUGCUUUUUACACAGUGGUGUGGUGAAACUUUUGUAUUACGAGCCAAGAAAGGGAGCUUACAAAUCAUGUUUUAUGAGUUUUUAUACUGUUUGUUUGAAACGUCAGCCCUGCUCUGUGGGUUCAGCUUUUUUAGGAAGUAAAAAUGAAUGUUGAGUCCUAGUGUUUUCUGUAGGGAUGGAAAAGCCAUUGUAUACACUGUUUAAAUGUUGGUGUGCAGAAUGAGUUGGUGGUCCAGUUGACUUGCCGUGGCCCCUGCGCCUUAUGGUUAGCUACUGUUUUGGCAGCUCUCCCUAGCUUCCUUUUUCCUCAAACCUUGUGCCUGCAGCUUUGCACCUCGGCUCCCAGGGAUGGGAACAGGCCUGGCAAACAUUCCAUGGUGCCUGAUACUGCCAGCAGCCUUGUCUACUAGGGCCUGACCCAGCAUCAGUCGUUCCAAAGCUCUGCUUCUAGAUUUCCUGGGCUAGCAUGAAGGGCAGUAGUCAGCAUUUCUAGUUCAGAGCCAUCCAGUGAAUCACUGGUCUUGGGUUUGGUGUAAAGAUUGGAGUUUUAUUGCACACUAAUGGCUCACAGUCAAAAUAAAUUGGAAUAGCUUUUUGUCCAUGGUAACCAGAUUCAAUAUGUGUGGCGAUUGGGGCCCACACCCCCAGCAGGUCCUGGCAUGGCCUCCUGUCGCCUUCCUGAGGAUAAGGAAGAAGGGCUUUGAUCUCUCUGUAAGUCACAUUUAGGUGCAACCUCUGUACCUGCUGUUCACUGCUGGUACUCUGCCCUCCCCCGGGGUGCAUGCGGGCUAGAGGGCUCCACCCAAAGUCACUGGUCACCUUAGCUCAUCACUAACCUCCUGUCUGCACUGCGGAAACAAUGUUGGGAGUUUAGACGUGCUCACUGUUGUCAAGCGUCUGUGGACACAUGUAAAAUAAAAGUUCAACUGUGCUUCUACUCA